AUGUACACUAAAAUUAAUUUUUUGAUAGGGUACAAGCUACGGCAGCAGAUUGGAAAGGCUCUACAACAUUGUCCGGAUGCAAUCCAUAAUGCAAUUAAUCGCUACAACACUCAAGCUGUAGCACUCAAGCCACCACAACCGAAGAUUUCAUGGAAAGAUAUUGCUGACUAUGGUUUUCUAGGUGAAUUCGAUCUUCUGCGAUAUUCUUGCAAUGAUAUUUGA